GCCGAUGAGAAGUUUGAUAGUACUUUUCGGACGAAUGUGGUCGUUAACAAUAACGGGUCGUGUCUGUAUGUGCCGCCCGGCGUAUUCAAGAGCACCUGUCAGAUAGACAUCACUUGGUUUCCCUUUGAUGACCAGAAAUGUGUGAUGAAGUUCGGCAGCUGGACAUACGAUGGCUUCUCAUUAGAUCUGGAUUUAGCGGGCAAUGAAGAGGGCAAAGAAGAGGGCGAUUUGACACCUUUCCUGCCAAACGGCGAGUGGGUAUUAGUCGGUAAGAAAGAGACGGCACAAACACACAGCACAUUGCGCUCCGGCGAAGCGUACGCUCCAAUACUACGACUGCUGUCCUGAGCCUUACGUUGACAUCACUUUCACUAUUCAUAUCAAAAGACGAACACUUUAUUACGGAUUUAAUCUAAUAAUUCCUUGUAUUAUAUUGUCGUCAAUGACUUUACUUGGAUUCUCAUUACCGCCCGAUUCUGGAGAGAAACUUCAAUUGGGAGUCACUAUACUAUUGUCAAUGACUGUGUUUUUAGUACAAUUGGGUAAAAUACUCCCAGCGACGUCUGAAUCCAUAUCAAUAAUCGCGGCAUAUUUUGCGUCCAUUAUGGUAAUGGUUGCCUUCUCGGUAGUCAUGACUGUCGUUGUCCUUAAUUUCCAUCACAGGACUUAUGAAACCCAUGAAAUGCAUCGAAUGAUGAGAGCAAUAAUGUUGGAGUGGUUGCCGUGGAUAUUACGGAUGGAAAGGCACGGAAUAAAGCCUCCCCGACGUAUCGCCGGAUCUGUUGCGCGAAUGAAAGCCAUUAAUUACAGACCCAACGACUCGACAGCUAAAGAAGACAAGGAUUUAGAAAUGUUUGCCAAAAGUAGGCCUCAAAUGGAGAAUAUAUGGAGCGUUGAGGAGGAAUGCAAAGCCAGGGACGCAACACAUGUCCAGUUGAAUAGAUGCCAAACAAAUGCCUUAACCCAUAAAACAAACAAUCACUGCAAUCACAUCAGAGAUCACACCAUUGAACACAACUAUAAUCGCCAGCACUUCGCCGCCGCCGCCGACAGCGCCGAUCAGCCGUCGGCCGCCGACUAUCCGCAGGACUCGCCCACCGCUCACAACAACCCAUACAGUCAUCCACUGAGCGCUAAACACAAGAAAAUCAAAGAAAUUCUGUUUGAAAUGCGAUUCAUAACGAAUCGGAUGAGAAGACAGGACGACAUCAACGAAUUGAUUGCCGAAUGGAAAUUUGCCGCAACUGUGUUGGACCGGCUCUGUCUCAUUGUCUUCAGUCUAUUCACAGUCCUGUCCACAGGUCUCUGCCUCUACUCUGCCCCUCAACUCAUGGUCUAACACUUUAAUACAUGGUAUGUGUCCAAAACUACCAUUACUUGAGCUACA